AUGAAAUACUCAUCGCAACCAACUCCGUCAACCCUCGAAAGAGACUUCGGACCAGCAUGGUCCGACCGCCUUCGCACAACGAUUCCCUCCAACUCUGAGCUGAUGAUUGUCGAACAGGAAGCAUGGAAGGAUCAAGCUCAUAUGAGAGAUGAUACACUAGCCGACCCAAGACCUGUCGACCCCUGGAGACUAAUAACUCCACCUGGGACGCCUCGAAAAGAAUACAACGAUCAAAGAGACGACAUAGACGCUGGCUUCGUACUUGACCAGGAAUACAAUCCUACGCGAUGGGCGCUUGUCAAAUACGAUUACAACUUUGAAGCUUUUGAGAGAGUCAAGGCGCAUCAAUCACGCUGUAGUCUGGAAACGCAAAGCUUUGCGAAGAAGAUUGUAUGGUAUGUCUUCUUGGCUGUCCUACUUCACGGGAUCUGGACGCACUGGAACGAGUCUGAGAAGCGCGGUACCAGCAAGAACGAAAAAUGCAACUGGGCUUCUCGCCUCACCUUCCGGGCCGAGAACGCGUUGGGUGUAGGGCCAUCGUCGCUGCAUCGCGCACCAGGACGAGCGCCUACACGCUUCAAAAUCAAGGAUGUGACUGCGGAAGUUAUACGCGACUAUCAGCAUUACGAUCCAGUGGAUGACCUUGAUGUAGCAGACCGAUUCAAUCAUGAUGGUCAGACUCCUCCUUCUACUUCUAACACCAUAUCGCCAGCUACAGCCGACAACGAGCAGGUACCACCGCAUCAUGGCCACCCGUAUUGGCAGCCAAACACGCCUUUCUCGGCUGCUCAAGAUACGAUAGACCCUCUCCAGUCGUCCCAGUAUGUGCCUUUACCCACGACGGGUGAUAUCGAGUCUAUCUGGCACAGUCCGGGCACUACUACGUAUCUAGACGAUAGCGUAUUCCUGCCAGGUUCAGCGUAUCUCGAUGCACAUUCCACGUUCCGGAGCCAUUUGAUCCAGGAAGUGAGAUCUAAUGUGCCGACUCGAGAGGUUACACCGGAUGCUGCGCGUAUUGGACAGGGCUGGGGAGGGGUGCAGGCAGAUUACGGAUCGGAUGUAGGGAGGCAUGUUGCGGAAACUUCUCUCGACACCACUUCUGUCAAUGAGCCUGAUACGACGAACAUUCAGCCACCCCAGCUGUCCGCGGAAGAAGAAUUUGAACUAUGGAAGAACUGGCUGGAUGAAGUAGCACCCUGGAUCGAUAAAUUCGACCCGGAGCGCCACUUCCAACGCACACUACCCAUCAUGGCACGCUCACAUGAUCAUCUGCGGUAUUCCAUGCUUGCGCUCUCGGCACGCCAAAUAGAGCGGAAGAAUAACAGUAAACAUACCUCGCGCAGUCUAGCUCUGUAUCAGACCGCUAUCCAACUCGUGCUACCACAACUACAUACGCGCAGCACACCCGUAAUAGCAUCAUGCGUUGUUCUAUGUGUAUUCGAGAUGCUGAGUAGUUCGGCGAAAGCGUGGCAUCAGCAUCUAGACGGAUGUGCGCAUUUGCUGGAAGCUGUGGGAAUCAAUGGGUUCAGCGGUGGUGUGGAUCAAGCGCUGUUCUGGUGCUUUGCACGCAUGGACGUCUGCGGCGGACUCAUCGCGUCGUCGAAAACGCUUAUACCGGUUGAGCACUGGGCUUCUUCUGGAAUGGGUCUCGAUGCCGACGUAAACCGUUUUCGUUCCGUUGGCGACUACAACGUCUACGCAUGCGAAGCCGUGUAUCUCAUCGCUCAAAUCCUCGACUUACUGUCUUUCCAUUCCAACCUAGCCGGUCGCGUGGGCGCCACACCACGCUUACCCACAGACACAGAUACCGCAUACUCCGCUCGCUGGACCCAACUCUGGCAUCACAUCUCAACAUGGUACACCACGCGCCCCGCCGAAAUGCUCCCAAUUUCUUCCUUCACUCCACCCACCACCCCCUUCCCCCGUCUCCUCUACAGCAACCCCGCCGCCAUGUCCGGCAACCAACUCCACCACACCGCCUGCAUCUUGAUGCUGCGCCACAAACCUCCCAACACAACCGUUACACCCAAACCCAACUCAAUCUUCUGGCACGCGAGACAGAUCUGUGGGAUCUCGAUUAGUAACGAUGAUCAUGCUGCUUGGACGAAUGCGAUUCAGCCGCUGUGGAUUGCGGGACAGUGGAUGAGCCAUGAGAGUGAGCAGAAGGCUAUCUUGGGGUUGUUGGAGAAGAUUGAGAGACUUUCGGGGUGGAGCACGAAGUGGAGGGCGGAGGAUUUGAGGGAGUUUUGGGGGUAG